AUGGCGCCUAAGGAAACCAAGUUCAAGGUGGCCGCGGCUCAUGCCGCACCUGUCUUUAUGGACAAAUCAGCCACCAUCAAGAAGACUGUUCGGCUCAUCGAGCAAGCUGCGAAAGACGACGUCAAGCUCCUAGUGUUCCCUGAAACCUUCAUCCCCGGCUACCCCUGGUGGACUGAAUGCUACCCGCCCCUAAAGCAGGUUGCUGCUUUGGCCAAGUACGCUGAAGAAAGCGUAGUUGUGGAGCCGAACGGAGAAGACGUCAGCGCCAUUCAGGACGCUUGUCGCCGGACCGGUGUAGCAAUCAAUCUCGGAAUCUCGGAGCGUAUCGCAAACGGCCAUACGCUAUUCAACUCACAGGUCAUCAUCGAUAGCGACGGCACUAUCCUCGGUGUUCAUCGCAAGCUUCAGCCAACUUUUGUCGAGCGCAUGGUGUGGGCUCAGGGCAACGGAAGCACAUUGCGCAACUGGCCCCUUUCCCUGGGCUAUAACCUCGGAGGUCUUGCGUGCUGGGAGCAUACUAUGAACGGCGCACGCCAGGCACUCAUCACCCAGAACCAACACAUUCAUGCUGGAGCUUGGCCAGCCUUAUCGGCAAUGGCGGGUUUCGAGGAUGUCGCCGAUGCGCAAAUCGAGGCGCUGAUGAAGAUGCAUGCUUUAACCGCCCAGGUCUUCGUUAUCACCGCUUCUGACUAUGUCGAUCAACAGUGUCUCAGCUGGAUGGAAGAUAAUCUUGGAAAGCAAGAUCUCAUCAAGCUUGGUGGCGGUUGGUCUUCAAUCAUCCAUCCGUUCUGCUCGUUCAUCGCUGGUCCGCAUACCGGCGGGGAGGAGAAGUUGGUACAGGGCGAGAUUGACUUCUCACAGAUGGGUGCUGUGAAGGUAUGGAUUGAUGCAGCGGGCCACUACCAGCGUCCAGAGAUUCUGCAGUUCGCGUUCGAUGCGCGUCCACACUGGGCGGACGAGAAAACCGAUCGCUUCAAGGUGCGUACGGAGGAAAGAAAACCAGAUGCUGAUAGUGGUCACGAGUCGUAG